UGAAUCAAUUGAAUGGAGACUUUACAACUAGAAGAAGCAUCUUUUGUUAAAGCCGUUAUAGUUUUCAGGUGUAAGCAUUCUUGAAUAAGUGAUAAAAUGGCCAUAGAAGAUUUUAAUUGUGACAUUUCGCUUAUUCUUCAGAACAGGGAUUUCACUGUGUUAGAAAGCUUGCUGUCGUAUAGCAAAAGUAUUCAUGGGAAAAUUGCCGCCAAAGUAAAAGAUGCAAUUGCUUACAAAAUUGAGUGUAAAGAGAAAAGAGCAGUGAGCAUAAAUAGAAUUAUAGAGUUACAACAACAAAGUGAAAUAUUAAAAUCUGAGAUAGAUGCAUCAAAGUUGCAACAAAAAAUAGUCGACAAGAAAAUUUCAAACGCAACUAAACAGCUGGGGAUAUUAAUAGAAAAAGUGGAUAAUGCAAAAUCACGAAGAGAUGGCUUGUCUCUUGAAAUUGUUGAUUUACAACAAGAACACGAACAGAGGAAUGAACAAAAAGUUCUAUUAUGGAAUGCUAUUAAACGGGCUUGUCAUGCUUAUAAGAAUUAUCUAGAUUUCUGUAUUUACUUCCCCGAUGGCAAAGAUUACGAGCAUGUGCAAAUUUCAUUUUUUACAAAUAAUAAAAAUUUGACUAAUGAAUAUUUUGCGCGCCUAACCAAUUCUAACAAUCAGUGGAAAGUGGAAGAAAUUCAACCAACGCUAAAGAAGGAACAUUACAAAAAUUUCAAAGGAAUUGUUGACUUUUCUACAGAAUCAGAAAUUGUAGAUAUUACACUGUUCCUUUGUAAAUUAAGAGAUGUUUUUGUUAUGCAUUAUUUAAAUACAAAAUAAGAUUAAAGCCUUUAUUAUUAAAUGCUAAGAUAUCUAAAAUGUCUAUUACAUGUAUAGAAUUAAUGCUAUAACUUAUUAAAAUAUAAUAAAUAUUAUUACAGAACUAUUUAUAAAGGAUAUUAGCGAAACGGUAAUAAAUAUUCCAAUCUUAGAAUAAUCUAUGCAAUCCAACUUACCACUGAUGACAAUUGAUGCAUAUUCACAGCCACAACUCUCAAAUCAUAAUGAAAACAUACCUGUUAUAAGAUUAUCGAAUUCAGAAUAUUUACCCAUACAAAACAUUUUAUCUUCUGAUAAUGCUUCAUCUGGCCAGCCAAUAUAUGUACAUGUUUGACAUUGACAGAAGAUGGAAGUCUAGAAAUGACAGAAUAAUCAUGCUGGAAUGAUAAACACCCAUCAGAGCUACAAUUUAAUAUAACGUUUCAGUGAUAUAAAUUUGUAGGGCCAAUUUGAACACACUUUUUAUUUACUCUAUUUUUUUUAUUAAUGCAACAAAUAACCAUUACUUACAACAUAGAAUAAUAUAUAAAUUUUUAUUUAAAUCAAACUUAUAUCAGUCUUCGGCAGGUCAGUUGUUUAUUUGUUUCAUUAAAAAUUUAAUGCUGAAGCGUGGUGCUGAUUUUCCACGAUUAAAAACUAUUUUAUUUAA